AUGAAUUCUGAGCUUCAAAUGAAAUGUAUUGAAGUUUUAGAAAAAAUAAAAGAAAGACCGACAUCUAAGUGGUUCAUGGACCCUGUUGAUCCAAAUAAAGAUCACUGUCCGGACUACUUUCAAUUAAUUACACGUCCUUCCGACUUAUCGACAGUACAAUCAAAACUUGAAAACGGAGAAUAUAAAACAGUUGCCCAAUUCAAAGAAGAUCUUUCUUUGAUUUGGUCGAAUUGCUUAAAGUAUUGGUCAGAAGAAUCAUUAAUCUCAACGCUUGCUAUUGACCUUAAACAAUACUCAGAAAGACUACUUAACUUCAUCUCAGAUCAGCCUCAUAUAGACUGGAUAAACGAAUUGAUGUACUUAAUUGAAGAACUAAGUUCUGCAACUAAGCCACUUACUUAUAAUUCAGUCAGUUCAAAGAAACGAUCGCCAUCAAAUCCAAGUAUCAAACAAUAUGAUAUGACUCAAGAUGACGAUGUCGAAGAAAUCAAAUUUACUCAGGAAGAUCUUGAGAAUCUUAAAACAGAUAUUGAUUCAUUUACUACUGAUGAUGCUAAAACGCAGCUUGCAGAAUGCAUCAAGACAAUAUUACCAAGACUUUUUUCACAGAGACCAGUUGUCAGCGUAAAUCUCUGUAACCUUUCUCCUCAAGCAUUGAAAGCUUUAUCAGACAAGGUUGAAGAGCUGAAGAGUGGUACUUCAAAAGAUAAAGUUGAUGCAAAAGGCAAUAAAUCUUCAAAAGAAUCUGAUUCGGACUAA